GGUGAUAUCAGCGAUCGAGAGGCCAAUGGGAGGAGGAAGUAGGCAGGGAGAAGGGACAGAGAGAGAUCAUGAAAGAUAGAGAGGGUCGAGUGGAAACAAGAAUACGAGGCCGGGAGGUAGAAGUACAAUGGGUGAAGACUGACAGAAAGGGCUAUAGUUUUGGAUACAGGGGAGUGGUGGGCUUGGGGCCAUCGAGUUCGGGUUGUUUGGCUGAAAGGAGCAAUGCCCACCAAGCAGGUAGCUUCCUCGCACCUUCGCGAUGAUGGAUCAAGAUUUCAGCCCCAAAAGCGAGUGAUGCGUAUUGCUCGGCUCAGACCAUGGCCAUUCUCUAGCACCACCGUAGCAUUGGCAAGCUGCAGCAGCGACCAUUUCCCAAAGCGGCGUCCUCUAUAUCUCCGAUGCCAGGGAGGAGUGAUUUGCCCCAGGGCCCAGGCUCACAUCCUUUCUCGAAUUGUCUCUGGCCCACGAUGCGCUCGCAUUCCUUGCACCGGAUGUAUGGCCUCUGCUGCCCACGGGGCCCUUGAGAAGAAGGCGAUGCGAGGAAUGGUUGGCUCGUCUGGUGAGGCAUCACAGUCCCGUGCAUCGACGCAGGAACAUUGGCCACGACACGACGCUGAAUGGGGACAACCUCGACACAGCAGCUCGCGCCCGCCUGGCUGGGACCGCGAUGUUUCAUCUACUUCCCAGAGGUCCACUCCGUAAAUAAACCCAUGCAGCGAACAGAUGAUCAUAGGUUUGCUAGCAGUGCCCGGCUCCGCGCAGAUUGGCUCACCCAGGGAGGUUUAGUAGCUGCAGGACUCACGACCAGACGGGCAACGGGGGGGUCAUCCAGUCAGCACGGCAUCUACGGCCGCCCCAGAAAGCGGUAGGCGGUCGGUGGCGGUGGUCCUGACGCCACGGCCCGGUAGCCGCUCGAGUUUAGCAUCGGGG